AUGCGGCUGUACAUUGCUGCCGCUGCCGCUGAGACGGACCCGACAAGCAGUGAUGAGAAGUUCACGUCGACUGUUAUCCCGCUCGCCGCGAGGGCCGACUCCUUCCUUGUCAUCCAAGCUUUGUACGGUCUGUCGAUGUGCACCGUCAAAUGGAGCAUGCUCUUUAUGUUGAAGAGGAUCUUCGCCGUCAAGCCGUUCGAGGUUCGAGGCCUCCAAGCCGGCUGGCUGGUUAUGACUGUACUCAUCGGAUUCCUCAUCUGCCGACCUGUCCAGAAGAAUUGGGAUCCAACGGCGGAGGGCACCUGUGGUAAUCAGAUCGCUGGUUAUACUGCUGUCUCUGUGGUCAGCGUUAUCGUCGACGUGUUAAUGCUGCUUCUUCCUCUUCCUAUGGUCUAUAGGCUGCAGACGAGACCGGGCUAUAAAGUGGGCCUAUUUGCUAUCUUCAGCAUUGGUAUAGUAACCAUAGCUUUCUCCGCCGUGUGCCUCACCUCCUUGAACUCGAUCGACUUCGAAGAUUUCUCAUACACCGUCAUCCCCGUCAUGACAUGGACAACCGCCGAAGCUGGGGUCGCCAUACUGGUUGCACCAUCCGCCCUCCUGCGGCCUGUGUUCGACAAGCUGUUCCACCGCAUCCUUUCAUUGUCGUCAGAGAGGACACCGGGACCCUCAGAUGCCUCAGCGCCGUACAUGGGCAGCCAGUCGAGGAUGAACGGCAAACAGCGGAGGGAGUUCGUGAACGUUGGAGACUCUGAAGAGAGCUUCGAACUCGAGACAAGAGGCCCUCGAACCGAGAUCCAGGCCGGAACGAGACGCAGCAAGGGCACUCUGGACGCGAUGGCUGCGGCUGCCAGCGGGUCUCUUGGCAGGAAAGGUGGCAUGACCAUAGUGGUCCAGCAGCAUGUCGAGCAGACAUAUGAGGGAAGAAGUGUCUGA